AUGCUGCCAUCCGUCGAACGCCACGCCCGCGAAUGUGUCAAAGAACUCUUCCAAUUCAUAGCCGUCCAAGGCCAAGGCGACUACCUGGGGGAGCGCGUCUCUCAGCUUGAACAUACCCUGCAGGCCGCUCAGCUUGCAGUACAAGCAGGUGCGGACGAUGACACCGUGCUGGGCGCUUUGCUCCACGAUGUCGGGCGGUUCAUUCCUGCGGCGAAGAAAAUGCCUGCAAUGAUCGCCCCAGACGGAGCCUUUGUGGGACGCGAAAGCCACGAAAUCUUGGGCGAGAAAUACCUUCGUGGUCUCGGAUUCAACGAGCCAAUCUGCCAACUGGUCGGGGCGCACGUCAUGGCGAAACGAUACUUGACGGCAGUUGAUAAAGAUUAUUAUGACGGCCUGAGUCAAUCAAGCAAGACGACUUUGAAGUUCCAGGGCGGUACCUUUACCCAGGAGCAAGUCAUCGAGGCCCAGAAGGACCCUCUUCUAGAGGCCAAACUGGCUGUUCGACGCUGGGAUGACAUGGCCAAGGUACCCAAAUUGGCGACAUUGCCGCUCGAAUACUAUGAACGAAUGGCAACAAAAAGCCUGCUCGAGUCUCGAUCUGUCUUUGAAUUGCACGGAAGAAAGUACAAGCUUCCUGAGAGACCCACAGUCGUGGUCUGCGUUGACGGCUUUGAUCCCGAAUACCUCGAACAGGGAAUGUCUGACGGCAUUACCCCGAACAUGGCCAAGUUCGUCCAAACAGGCUUCGCUGCAACGGCCAAAUGUGCCAUGCCAGCAUUUACCAAUCCCAAUAACGUCUCCAUCAUUACUGGGAUGCCGACGUCUGUCCAUGGCAUUUCCGGGAACUUCUUCUUGGACCGGACAACUCGAAAGGAGGAAAUGAUCGUGGAUGACACAUUGCUUCGAGGGUCUACCAUCUUGGAGCAGAUGUCGAAGCGAGGCGUCCGCGUCGCUGCCAUAACUGCGAAAGACAAGCUGAGAGCAAUCAUCAACCACGGAUUGAAUUGCUCGCAGGGAGAUAUCUGCUUCUCCGCCCAAUACGCCAACAAGUGUAAUCUCGCCGAUAAUGGCAUCUCCGAUGUUGAGAAGUGGCUGGGAAUCCCCGCUCCUGAUCAAUACUCUGGGGACCUGUCUUUAUUUGUGCUGAAAGCAGGGAUAAAGCUGCUUGAGGAAGACCGGGCGGAUUUGUUUUAUCUCACAUUGUCGGAUUUUGUCCAGCACAAAUUUGCUCCUGGUAGCAAAGAAGCGAAUGCCUUCAUGGCGAGCGUGGAUGAUUGCGUCGGUCGCCUGGUCGAACUGGGUGCUACUGUUGUUGUGACUGGAGAUCACGGGAUGAGCGACAAGUGCAAGGAUGACGGCACGCCAAACGUUCUCUUUGUCGAGGAAGAGCUGGAUCGCAAGUUUGGCGAGCGUUCCUCAAGGGUCAUCUGCCCGAUCACAGAUCCUUUCGUCCGCCACCACGGCGCGUUGGGUGCUUUUGUGCGGGUAUACCUGAACCGACCAGAUAUCGACAUCGAAGAGGCCCUGACCUACUGUCGAUCCUUCCCACAAAUCGAACUUGCUCUUGAUGGACCAACAGCUGCUCAAAUGUUCGAAAUGCCCCUCGACCGCGAAGGAGAUUUUGUGCUGGUCUCGAAGAAGAAUGCAGUUCUUGGAAGUCGAAAAGAAGAACAUCCGCUCGACAAUUUGGGCGACCAUCGACUUCGCUCUCACGGCGGACUAUCUGAACAGCCCAUCCCUCUGCUAAGAUCUCUCCCUACCAGCAAUACAGUUGAAGAUCGACAGUGGAGGAAUUUCGAUGCCUUUGAUCUAGCUCUUAAUUUCUAA